AUGGAGCAGCAACAUCAAGCACUUUCAAAUGUCAAGCCCACAGUUACAGCUGCAGAUUUCUUCAGAUUCGAAGUUACUGUUACACUGCGACACAUCUCAAGUACUCGUGUUAUAAACAUAUCAACCUUACUCCAAACCACUGAACACGUAAGGUGCAAACACUUCUUCGAAAGUACUGCUCAAGAUCUCCAACAAACUGCAUUAGAUUUCCUACGAGCAUUGCUUUUACCCUACCCAUGGUCCUUGCAGUACUUUACCCACGAUUGCCUUGAUGAAUUCUCAGGGAGCAUCAUACAUCAGGUUCAACAGCGUUUUGAUUUUAUAAAACCACAUGCCGGUUCAGAAGACCAAGGGCAAGUGUUCCCUUUGUCUCUGGAAAUCGUCUUGGAUGUGCCGUCAGUUGAAGAGAUUCAAGAGUCGGAGAGUGCAAUUAUGGAAGAAGAGUCUAUGCAAAGCGUUAGAAUGGUUCCGGCAUCCAAGAAUGCCAUCAAUUCUCUAAAGAAAUUCAAGGUUAUGAAACACAAUGAGCAUUGCACUAUCUGCUUGGAAGAGUUCGAUGUGAGUGGUGAUAAUGAUGAUGACGUGGCAGCCUCCGCAAUGCCCUGCGACCACGUGUUUCACCAACAAUGUAUUGUGCAAUGGCUGCAAACUAGUCAUGUGUGCCCUUUGUGUCGCUGCCCUAUGCCCACCGCCAACGAGUAG